AUGACGAGAGCGCCGCCGCCGUUGCAUGAUCUGUGGACGCGCAAUCAACUUCAGCGCGCCAAGCUCGCAGAUCUGAAGCAGUACCUGAUGGAGGUUAAGCUUCCCAUGGCUGGAGAGCUUCGUGAUGUUGCACACCGAGUAAAGCUGCACAUGGACGUCGUACACGAGAAGCUCACCAUCCACGUCGACGGCACGUCAGUAUCUCCGUUUGACCUCAAACCUGCACAACUGCGAAAGCAAGUCGCCUUGCUAGGAAAGGAUCCACAAGGCAACAAGGACGAACUCUUGACGCUGUUGAUCGAGCAUUUGCAAUCGACGUCCACAUCGUCGAUGCCAUCGCGAAGCGAUGAUCUCAAGGCCACGCCUGGGGUGAAGCAGGCCAAAGCCAUCCUUGAACUCGCUGCCACAGAUGAUUACUCCGCCAUCUUGUCUGCGUCUGGGAUCGAUGUUCAGCCAUCGUCGUCGACGGCAAUCAUGCGCAAGGCGUAUCUCAAGUUGUCGCUCCUAGUUCACCCAGAUAAACUUCCCAAGGACUUUGCCGAUGCUACCAGAGCAUUCCAAGCACUCGUCACUGCGUAUGAAAUGUUGUCGCAACCCCCUGAACUGAUCACCGCCGUGCCGGCAAAAGCAAAACACGGGACCAUGGAAAUCAUGCGAUCCAACGAAGGGUGUCAUCGGACGCCGGUGCAUUGUCCUCGAUGCCACCAAGCGUGGGGGCUCCCAUCACAUGGAUGUGAGCCAUUUGACUUCAAUUUCCUCAUGAUGGGCCUCAAGACGUUUCAUUGCGCCACGUGUUUGUUCGAAUUUGGAUGUAUGUCAGCGGAACACCAUUGUCCGCAUUGCCACCGCCGCGUCGAGUACCAUCCAAACGACUUCCACCGGCACUUGACGUGUGCGUCGUGCAGCAAAACCUACGGGUUUUAUAUGUACAAGAUCUCGAAUCGUCGAGAACAAGAGUACCGUGCAGCGAUACGAGCAACGCAAGAAACCAAGCUCAAAGACAAGGCCCGCAAAGACGAACGCACGAAACGUGCUUCGGGGAGGCAGACCAAAAGCGACGACAUGGGGUCCACUCAAGGAAAAGAAACCUUGUUUGCCAUGAACCUUCUCGACGCGUGCCCGCGAUGUGGAGACGGCGACGUGGAUCCUACGGAGGACAGCCGCAUGAGUCAUUUACGCACCUGCACAAAUGCCACCAAAAUUCAAGCAUAUCAAAUCAAAAUGCGACACCUGUCGCAGAAACAAGAAGCUCGGACGGUCGCAAGUGAAAACCAGGACGAGGUUCAGAACGCUGCAUCGUGGGAGUUUUUGGGCGGCAAGUCGUCAGACAUGUGGCUACUGACUGCGACCCAACUGCAACACAUGGCCAAGGGUUACCAACUCGACGCCACAGGAACACGAGAGGAGCUCAUCGGUCGAUUGGUGCGGUACCGCAAUACGUUGGACGCAAAGAACAUGGUGGGCAAUGGAGGCUCGUCGAAUUCUGCGACCAACAAGCGAAAGCGCGGACCUGUGUCACUGGAGGACUUGCCUCAAGACAUGGAGAGCAUGAGCGUCGCGCAGCUGAAAGGCGUAUGCGCAGCCUUCGGCAUCGCCUGUUCCAAGAGGACGAAGCAAGGCAUUAUCGACGCCAUCGAGCAAGCUGUCUUGGGGAAGGAAGCGCCGCUGCGCCUCGCCAGCGUGUAA